GUGAGCCCAGUACUCAGAGAGAAAGGCUAAGGUCCUGAGGAGGAUGUGGCUGCAGAUCUUACUUUUCCUUGGCAUUGUGGUCUGUAGCUUUUCUGCACCCACUCGCUCACCUGCCCUUGUCACACGGCCUUGGAAGCAUGUAGAUGCCAUUAAAGAAGCCCUGAGCUUCCUGAAUGACACCCCGGUCGUGGAGAAUGAAGGUGUGGAAGUAGAAAUGGUCUCUAAAGAGUUCUCCAUCAAGAGUCCAACGUGUGUGCAGACCCGCCUGAGGUUAUAUCAGAAGGGCCUAAGGGGCAACUUCACCAAACUCACAGGUGCCUUGAACAUGAUGGCCAGCCACUACCAGAAGAAUUGCCCCGAAACCCCGGAAGAUAACUGUGAGACACAAGUCACCGCAUUUGAAGAUUUCAUAGACAGCCUUAAAGACUUUCUGUUUGACAUCCCCUUUGACUGCUGGGAGCCCAACCAGAAAUGAGGUGGCCCAGGCCGGCUCUGGAUCCAGCUUCUCAGAGUGCUGCUGUUACUCCUGCAGAAUGAGCCAGCGAUCAGGAGCUCUGCCUUGAAGGGGCCAAGAGUGGGUCACAGCCACUGCACAGCAGGGGCAGUACUGAGAAGGCUGACCCCCCAACACUGCAGUGGGGGCAAGUGAGGGCUAUUUUCUACUGACAG